AUGGAACGUGUGUGGGUUCCCAUUAAUUUUGGACAUGGUAUUUUAGAAGAUUUAAUUCCUGCAUUUACCAUGUUGCAAACUUUGAAUAUGAAAGCAGAUCGACCACUCUUCAUGACCGAUGAAAGAAAUUUGAAACAAGUUGGAACGUUUGUGCAUCAUCAAAGUGCUCUCAACAAGUAUGGUUUAGAAACGAUUGAGAAAUGGAGUGCAGAAUGGAUGGCCAUGUUAACUUUGGGAAAACCAUUGGCAUUGUGUGGAGGAAAUUCCAUUCAGGAUCAUCCAUGUCCUGCACAGAAGAAUACGAAGGAUGGUGAUUCACAACAACAAGAUUCUGAAACGAUUCAAGCAUGUUUUUCAUCACUCUCGUUUGGAUAUCACUCGAAAAUGCUCUAUGAUGGUUUGACAGAUCGAGAACCUUAUUUGUAUCAAUUUAGAGAUUCUAUUAUUGAGAAUUGGAAUUUGAAAGAUUUGCAAUACACACCCAAAUAUAAACGAGAUCAAGAUAUCUUUUUGAUUGGAGUUCAAAAGAAACCAAAAGGAUCCUACAAUUUGGAUAUUAUUGACAAUUGUGAAGAGCUUGCUCAAUAUUUAACUGAACACGUAUCACAAAUUAAGGAACGAGUUGGAAAAGAGGUUCAAGUCAUGGUGGUUGAAUUGGAGAAAAUGUCCAUGAUUGAACAAAUUCUGUUUUUCAUUUAUGAGAUUGACAUGUAUAUUACCACACAAGGAGCAGCCUCCUACUACAGCUUCUUCAUGAAACCAGGUGGUUAUUUAAUUUAUGCCCCAUCAUGCUCGACAGAAACCAAUUCUUGCACAGAUGAUCAUAUCAGUUUCCAGAGACCAUUGGCACACUUGGUCAUUACAUCCAUGGUUCGAUUUGAUGUUGAAAUGCUUGAAUGCUUGAACCGAAAGCCAGAGACCAAUCCAAAAAUCACGCACGAUCCAAAACUUGUGGUCAUUGGAGGUUGUAUUUUGAAGGUGAACAAGGAAAAGUUGUUACAAAUGGUUCUGACCUCAUUGUAG